AUCGCGCGGGUGGGGCCUGUGUGUGCGCCGUAGAGACGGUAAUGUGAGCAGAGACGCGCAAGCAGCCCGUUCAAUGAAGCGUUAUAGAUGACCCUGUGAGGACCCGCUGUUGUUUUUUUGUUCGAGAUCGGCCUGUAAAUGCCGUUGUUGUGUGGAAAUAUCCGGCGCCGCCGUGACGGUCGUGCGAUGUUGAACGAGCGGCCGGAGCGGUUUGUGCUGUGAUUCGUUGUGGCGGAGGGCAGAGCGGGUUAAAACACCACGAGCGAGCGGAUUAUUAAGACUUCCAUUAUGGUGCACUAGCCGAGCCUGAUGCCUCGAGACUGGGGGGCGAUGUGAAACGCAUUGAUCUCGCUCGCUCGCUCCCGUUCCGUGCACCUAGGACGAAGAAUGAACGACGCGCGAGAUAUGUCUCCCGAUUUCGUCUUGAUGCGCCUGGUCUCCGCGGCCGAGGACGACCGCCGCUUGGACGAGGAGAACGGCACCGUGCCGUCGGGCGGCGGAGCGCUUUUGGCUCACGGCGGCGUGAAGAGCAAAGUGGAGCGCGCGCGGGGGGCGCCCACGACUGCCCUCCUCCCAACGGCGGCAGCGGUGGCGGCGAACAACAAAGCGCCGCGGCCCGGCGGCCCCGAGGCACCUGACGGCCGAGUGACGGCGACGGGGCCCGUGGCGCCUCCCCCGCUUCACGCCGCCGAGGCCGCGCGCAGAGGUGCGAUGGCGGGGCCUCAGCUGCUGGUGUUCCGAAACCUGCCGCGAGAGUCCGAGGGCUGCGACGAUACCGAGGGACAGCGCGCGACGGGCCCCGCGGACGGCCAGACGGCGCGAGCCGUUGUGAACGAGGAGCGGGAAGGCGGCGCCGUGGACGCGCGACAGCACACGCCGUGGGCGCUCCACCCGCGGCUCAAACUGGACGUGCCAGGGGCCGAACUGUGUCACAGGCAUGCUAUGGUCAAGGAGCGGACGGACUGGCCUGUGGCGGCAGCGCCAGACGCCAGCACCCCACUUUCGCCCAAAUGGGUGACUGACGGGCCUGUUCUGGAACUGGCGAGAACAUUCGGGCAGUUGGGGGUCGCCGGCGUCCCCGACUUCCUGCUCAAGGAGGGCGACCUGCCACACUGCUCUUGCCAAAGUGCCCUUGGUCAGGCGGCGGCUGCGGCAGCGGCGGCCGGGGUCAGGCAGGGCGAGGACCCGACAGAGACCAGCGACGCCCUGUUGGUGCUGGAAGGCCUCGCCUCUGAGGAGGUGAACGGCCUGGGAGUGGGCCAGAAGAGCCACACCGGAUCACAGGAUGGGGAUGGCAGUGGGCAGGUGAAGGGGGAACUAGCGAGUGAGGUGGCGGGCGCCUUUGCCCUGAAAUGUUUGCCAACGAUGUUGUCGGCGCAGGCUGUCGGGGUGAGCGGAGCACUUUGCUCCGCGGCAUGCCACGACCCGCAGCUGUGCUGCCUGCUGCGGGGCUCUUUGGUCCCCAGGGCUCAGGCCAGUCCUGCUGACAGACUCUCACCAGACGUCCCAGCACCAGAAUCGCGCCGGGACACGCCGGCUUCAAGCCCUAAAAGGAGCACUGGGACGCUUUCAUCUCGAGGAGCAAGCGGUGGAGGCCAGAAGACACUCAAAGUGCCGGGCAAAUCCAGGAAAGGGUCACUUAAAAUUCGUCUGAGCAAACUUUUCAGAACUAAAAGCUGUAGUGGCUCUAAUAACCUGCUGGAUAAAAGACCUUCGGUUACUUUCUCCAUAUCUUCAGCCGGCAGUUUGGUGGACAUGUCAGGAGUGAACAGUGUGGAGCAAGACACAACCAGCCAACAUGGACUAACAAGGGCCCAAAGUGCCUUCUCUACUGCUGCUUUCACUCCUGUCUUCACUGGAGAGACAGUGUCGCUGGUGGACGUGGACAUUUCCCAGAGAGGGAGAAACUCUCCUCACCCCCCAACACCCCCACCCCCACCACGCAGGAGUCUCAGCCUUCUAGACGAUAUAGGUGGGCCGCAGCCCGGGCCUUUCCUAGUGAGUGUCAUGGGGGCGUCCCUGCAGUCUCUCCCCCUGCCUCUUCCUCCUCCUCCCCCCCUCCAUGCCACCAUCCAGCAUAGUCUCAGCCUCAAUGAUGCUUUCUUCCGAGCACUUCCUCAUUCUGCACCAUCGCCAAUGGAGACUCCGCCCCCAUCCCGAGUGGCCCCACCUCCAAAUCUGUGUCCUCUGAGGGGAGUUGAUUCCAGCAGCUUCACAGCUAGUCUGAGGGAACUAGAACGGUGUGGCUGGUACUGGGGGCCCAUGAACUGGGAGGAUGCUGAAUUGAAGCUGAAAGGGAAGCCUGAUGGCUCUUUUCUGGUGCGGGACAGUUCGGACCCCCGAUAUAUUCUCAGUCUCAGCUUUCGUUCGCAGGGGGUCACACACCACACACGCAUGGAGCAUUAUAGAGGGACCUUCAGCUUAUGGUGCCAUCCAAAGUUUGAAGACCGCUGCCAUUCUGUGGUGGAGUUCAUUGAGCGUGCCAUCAUGCAUUCUAAAAAUGGAAAAUUCCUUUACUUCUUGCGGUCACGUGUUCCAGGGCUCCCACCAACUCCAGUGCAGCUGCUGUAUCCAGUCUCUCGCUUCUGCAAUGUCAAGUCCUUGCAGCACCUCUGCCGCUUCUGUAUCCGACAGCUCGUCCGCAUAGAUCACAUCCAGGAACUCCCUCUCCCAAAACCGCUCAUUGUCUACCUGAGAAAGUUCUACUACUACGACCCAGAGGAAGAGAUGUAUCUGUCAAUCAAAGGCAUGCGCCAGAUGGCAGGCGUGGAGCAAGAGCCAGAGUCUGAGACGUAGCCGGAAGAGCCAUGUUCGUGUGUUCUGUGUAUGGAUAGCGGAUGGGAUAGCGCAUAGACACUGCUGGUGCACAGCUCUGCCCUAACUCCCCAUCAGUCUUCCAGCAGAAGCCAAUGAACAUCAUCGGAACUGCCCCCUUCUUAUUUUUGAUCAAAAAGACAGAAGUGGGCAGGGGAAUGCUGGAGUACUGUCCAUAUGAAACUGGCAUUAUAUCCAGAGACUGAUCUGGCAGUCUGGACAGGCACAGGACUGAAAAUGAAACACAUAGAACAUUUAAUGUGAUCUGGAGUUAUGAAAUAAACCUCCAUCUGUAGCUUUCUCAUGG